AUGAUUGCCCCCUUGCGUUUAGGGAAAAGUCGAGUGGUGUACAUUUUAUUUUUGUUCUUGUUGGAGGUUGCCGUCGGGUCAUCGAUGAUCAACUUGGAGAAACUGAACACCGGCAUCACGCGACUGGUGAGCGUGAAAAAGUACCCGGUCACACGGCCUCAGAAUGUGCCACGGAGGACAAAGGGGCGCGUUUUUCGUUUAGGUGUACUACAUAGCAAAGAGAUGACAGAGGCGAUGUUACUGCGUAACAGACGUGGAUUUGUGAACAGCCAAGUGAACACGGUUGCCCACGCCCCCUCCAUUUAUCACUGGCUUUUCCACCGCUGUGGUGUUCCUUUUGAGGAGACGCAGGAGUUGGCCAACUCAGGCGGACUAACAGUUAACGGCAAGACAGUCGAUCGCUCGGGAUUGGAAUCACAGAUGGAGUGGGUCGAGUUGCAGAAAUUAGAUAUUCGCAUCCGGGUAGAGGCAUCCACGGCGGAUCGGACAUCCGGCUUCACAAUAGACAACAACAGCAAGAGCACAAACAACGAUGGCCGAAAGGGAGAUAGUAACGGCUUGCCAGCUGUAAUGUGGGUGCCUGCAUUAAAACGGGCGUUGCAUCGGCAGUACUUUUUUGUUUAUCUGCAACCGGGCAUAUCUAUCACCUCCGAUCAAACCGACCCGCGUUCUUUUGUGCAUCGCCUCACGCCGCUUGUUGGCAGUGUUGCGGGUAUCGGCAUGAAUAUUCUCCGACCAAUUGGUUUCAUGAAUGGAAUGAAAGGGUUUGGUUUGGCGACAAACGAUGUGUCGAUGGUACGGUAUUGGAACAAUGAAUUUCUGGGAAAUUUUGGCGUCUACGAUGUUCGUUUUGCUCGCGGUGUGCCUUCGGAAGUUCUCCGGAGGCUCGCGGAAGAGGUCCAACAGUUGCUGAAUGAUGGCAUUCGGAAACAGCUGUCGAAAGAUGUCAUAGUGCCUUGUGAAUGUACUCUGGAGCCCACGUCAGCAUAUAAAAAACAGCACCAUAAGCAUAAGGGUGACUUUGUGGCUGGACUCUAUUCCAAACCCCUUCACGACGAACGGUUGAUCAUACGUAGCCCGCUCCUGCCGUAUCGUGUGGCACGCAAGAUACGUCGUGCUGGUGGCUUCAUUACAAUGGUGCGUUCUGGUCCAUUUUCGCUGCCGCCAUCGCUCCCUCAAACGAAGCAACGCCCUUUGUUACCCCAGGAGCUGGCAUUGAUGUUCACAUUUGAGCGCAAACUCAAGACAAACCGCGUCGUGCUUAGCUUACGUGAGUUUGAGGCGGAUAAUGAUCUUGACGGCAUUGAACCGGAAGUCAUUUUACCCUCUGCGUGA